CGUGCGGUGUGAAGAUUUGAGGUUGUACUUCGGUCGUGAGAAAAAAAAAAAACUAAGAUGGCGUCUCGUCAAGAAAGAUAGGAUGGCCUGAAGAGACUGAUGAUGUAGAUCUGGAAAUGAUUAAUAACGACCUAACUGAGAAAGUUUGAUACGCUCGUUUGGUGUUAAGCGAAUAUCGGCCACCCAUGCUUUGAGCCCGUGUGUUUGACAGAGCGGAGUGAAUGGCGGAUUGACGCUGAAAUCGGUCAACUUUGCUGGCAACGGUAGCUAGCUGACUGGACCGAGCACAGCUGGCCAGCGUUAGCUAACCACCAGCCAUCACAACAACAGGAGGAGGAAGGAGAGCGGCCACUAUCCCUCUGUCAUACCCCAGGACAUCGAGGUGUCUACGGGGCAAUGGAAGGGGAAGAGUUUGUACCUCCUCCGGAGUGUCCCGUAUUUGAGCCGUCAUGGGAGGACUUUCAGGAUCCCCUGGGCUACAUCGCCAAGAUACGUCCCAUUGCAGAAAAGUCUGGAAUCUGUAAAAUCCGACCUCCGCCGGACUGGCAACCCCCGUUUUCAGUGGAGCUGGAUAGCUUCCACUUCACACCCCGCAUCCAGAGGCUUAAUGAGUUGGAGGCGGAGACCAGAGUAAAGCUAAAUUAUUUGGACCGCAUCGCCCGGUUUUGGGAGAUCCAGGGAUCAUCCUUAAAAAUCCCACACAUCGAAAGGCGCAUCCUUGAUCUUUUCAGCCUGUCAAAGAUUGUUACAGAUGAGGGCGGUUUUGAGAUGGUGUGUAAAGAGCGGCGCUGGGCUCGCGUUGCCCAGAGGCUUGGCUACCCUCCAGGCAAGAACAUUGGUUCUCUGCUGCGCUCGCACUACGAGAGGAUCGUCUAUCCCUUCGAAAUGUUCCAGUCUGGUGCCAGCCUGCCGCAUUGCAAGCCAAAGCAUUAUGACGGCGAAGAUGUGGACAAAGAGUAUAAGCCUCACUCCAUUCCCCUGCGACAGUCUGUGCAGCCAUCCAAAAUGAGCAGCUAUGGACGCAGAGCAAACCGCUGCCAGCCUGAUGGUCCAGAGGAUCUGGCCCCCCAUCCUCUCACCACUGGCUCUCAACUCAUCUCUGCGCCUGAACCCACAGAGGAAGACAUAGAGAAGAACCCCGAACUGAAGAAGCUGCAGAUCUACGGUGCAGGGCCAAAGAUGAUGGGGCUCGGACUAGUGGCAAGGGACAAAGGCAUCAGGAAGAAGGAUGAGCUGCCUCAAACAGUUACUGUCAAGGAAAGCCCGUCUCCCGCUCCCACUGAUACGUCCGUCAAACCGGAGCCGGUGGACCUUCAAGAGAAGCAGAGUGACGGGAGCACAUCCAGCCCCCAACUGCCUCCCCAUAGUGUUACAAUUAAGCCAGCGGUGAAGAAGGAGGAACCGGAGGAAGAGAAUGGCAAAGGGAUUGAUGAGGGGGUAGACGAUAAAGACGGACCCUGCACCAAGAUGACCAUGAGGCUUAGACGCAACCUCAACAACCCGCAGUGUGUGGAUUCUUUCGUGUGUCGGAUGUGUGGCCGGGGAGACGAUGACGACAAACUCCUGCUGUGUGACGGCUGCGACGAUAACUACCACACUUAUUGUUUACUACCCCCACUCACAGAUCCCCCCAAAAGCAACUGGCGGUGCCCAAAGUGUGUGGCAGAAGAGUGCAAGAAACCUGCAGAGGCGUUUGGCUUUGAGCAAGCUACGCGAGAGUACACGCUGCAGAGUUUUGGGGAAAUGGCAGACGCCUUCAAAGCAGAUUACUUCAACAUGCCUGUCCAUAUGGUUCCCACUGAGCUUGUGGAAAGGGAGUUCUGGAGGUUAGUUAGUAGUAUAGAGGAGGACGUGACUGUGGAGUAUGGAGCCGACAUACACUCCAAAGAGUUUGGCAGCGGCUUCCCAAUGAACAAUGGCAAGAGGAAGCUCACAAAGGAAGAGGAGGAAUACGCCCGCUGUGGCUGGAACCUGAACGUGAUGCCUGUGCUGGAGCAGUCACUGCUGUGCCAUAUUAAUGGAGACAUCUCUGGGAUGAAGGUGCCGUGGCUUUAUGUGGGCAUGGUGUUCUCAGCCUUCUGCUGGCACAUCGAGGAUCACUGGAGCUACUCCAUCAACUACCUGCACUGGGGUGAACCCAAGACUUGGUAUGGCGUUCCCUCUGUGGCAGCUGAGCGACUCGAGGAGGUUAUGAAGAAGCUGACGCCAGAGCUGUUUGAGUACCAGCCUGACCUCCUGCAUCAGCUGGUCACCAUCAUGAACCCCAAUAUCCUCAUGGCUCAUGGUGUACCGGUCGUUCGCACCAACCAGUGUGCGGGUGAGUUCGUCAUCACCUUCCCCAGAGCCUACCACAGUGGAUUCAAUCAGGGAUAUAACUUUGCUGAAGCUGUUAACUUCUGCACUGCGGACUGGCUUCCUGCCGGUCGUUCCUGCAUUGAGCAUUACCGGCGUCUAAGGAGGUAUUGUGUGUUCUCCCACGAGGAGCUCACCUGUAAGAUGGCCACCAGCCCGGAGAAACUAGACCUCAACCUGGCAGCAGCUACUCAUCGGGAAAUGUUCAUUAUUGUUCAGGAGGAGAGGAAGUUACGGAAGAGUCUGAUGGAAAGGGGCAUUACAGAGGCAGAGCGCGAGGCGUUUGAGCUGCUGCCUGAUGAUGAGAGACAGUGUGAUAAAUGUAAGACCACAUGCUUCCUUUCUGCUCUGGCCUGCUCGAACUGUCCGGAGCGUCUGGUGUGUCUCUAUCACACUCAGGAUCUGUGCAACUGUCCCACUGAAAAACUCUACCUCAGGUACAGAUACACCCUGGAUGAGUUGUUAGCCAUGUUACAUCGACUAAAGGUCCGGUCCGAGUCCUUUGAUUCCUGGGCCAACAGAGUUAAAGAGGCACUGGAGCAGGAAGAAGGAAACAAGAUAGAAAUUAAUGACCUGGAGAUACUGAAGGGCGAAGCAGCAGAGAAAAAGUUUCCAGACAAUGAACUUCUCCGUAAACUCAACACUGUUCUUAAGGACAUUAAACACUGCCAAAAGACGAGCACUGAACUCCUCAGUAACUUAAAGACUAGUGAAACUAAGAUGACGUUGGCAGAGUUCAAGUCCUUGGUUGAGACGAUGCAAAACCUGCCCUGUGUAAUGAACCAGUUGGAGGAAGUGCAGUCGGUUUUGCGGACACUGGAGGAGUUCCAGAGCAAAGCUCAGAUGCUGCUCAAUGAGAAGGACUGGAGGAAGGACUCUCCACCCCCUGAGCAGCUGCAGUCUAUGUUGGAGCAGGGGGCCCAGCUUCCUGUUGUGGUCCCAGAGUGUGGUUUACUCCAGGGCCUCAAGGAGCAGGGCCACUGGCUGGCGGAGGUGAGGCGCACCCUUGGCACAGACGGAGGGGUGAGGCAGGAGGUGACGCUGGAUGUGUUGAGGAACCUGAUGGAAGCGGGCUGCAAUGUGCCCCAGAGUGCGUCCGUGGAGACGGCCAUGGCAGAGCUCCAGGAACUGCUCACGAUCGCUGAACGCUGGGAGGAGAAAGCUCAGAUUUGCCUCGAACAACGGCAAAAGCAUCCUCUCUCCACCCUGGAGGCCAUAGUAAAUGAGGCCCAACUUAUCCCAGUCACGCUGCCCAACAUUCUGGCCCUACAGGGCUGUCUCAGUCGAGCUCGCGCCUGGGUAACAGACUUGGAGGAAAUCCAGAAUGGGGAACAUUACCCAUGUCUGGAUGACCUCGAGGGCCUGGUAGCUAUUGGAAGAGACUUGCCCGUCUUCAUGGAGGAGUUAAGGCAGCUGGAGCUGCAGGUGGCCAGCGCUCACUCCUGGAGGGACAAGGCCAGCAAGACCUUCCUGAAGAAGAGCAGUCAGCACAGUCUACUAGAGGUAUUAUGUCCCUGUGCAAAAAGGAGAGAGAGGCGAGAUGCAGCAGAGCCGCUGGAUGAUCCUUUAGAUGAUUCUGAUACCAACACCCUAGGGCUCUCUGCUCAGGAUUUGAGGGACCCUGCGGCUAUUGUGCUGGCAUUCAAAGAAGGGGAGCACCAGGAGAAAGAGGCACUGCUGAGGUUACAGAAAGUGAACAUGUGUAAAUCAGGACUUAACGCCGCGAGUAAUAAAGAGGACAAGGAAAACGGGCGGUGGGAUGACGCCAUGGAGAUGGACGCAUCCAGCCACUCGGAGAACUCUGUAAAAGAGAACGGAAACAGCAACCACACCUGCGCCACCCCUCCUCAGUCUGUGUGCGUGUGCUCCGGGCAGCCUCGCGCUCCUCAACUCCGCUGCCACCUGUGUAAGGACUGGUUCCAUGGUGGCUGUGUGCCCUUCCCCUCCCUGCUGCCCUCCUCCGGACCACCGAUUAACCCCCUUUGCUGGUGGGACUGGGACUCGCGCUUCCUGUGCCCGCGAUGCCAGCGGUCACGGCGUCCACGCCUGGAGACUAUCCUGGCGUUACUCGUGGCCCUGCAGAGGCUGCCUGUCCGCCUGCCUGAAGGAGAAGCCCUGCAGUGUCUAACGGAAAGGGCCAUCACCUGGCAGGGCCGAGCCAAGGAGGCACUGGAGACGCCAGAGCUGCAGGCGGCACUUCAGAGGCUGCAAGAACUCAGAGAGACUCUCCAUCACGAAGCAGAGGAGGGCGUGGAAAAGGAGACGGAGGGGAGUUCAGUUAUUGUUUUGUCAGACUCUGAUGGAGGGGAAGGAGACGAUGGAGUCAUUGAUCUAACAGAGGAGAAUUCAUCUAAAAAGAACAUGAAAGAAAGCAACAUGCAGGCUGAAUGUGAAAAUGGUAUCAACAAGAAGUCAAAUAUUACAGGAGUGGGGUCUCUGCAGCCCCUGCUGCCUUUGCUGAAAGGCCAGGUUGUGGAGCUUUCUCCAGACACCACGGUCCGACUGGAGGAGCUGCAGCUGGAGGGAGACCUGCUGGAGGUGUCCUUGGACCAGACACACACCAUCAGCAGGGUCCUGUUAGCUGCCUCUGCUCCUCCCAGAGAAACACUGCACACGCUCAUUCAGAUUGAGCUUGAAGAGCAGAGAAGAGCGAGUCGUGGACGAACCAAGGACACCAAAAGGAAGCGAAAGAGCCACCGAGGUGGCAGCGGGGAGGGGGCACGAGAGAGGUCACUGGAUUCCUCAGAGUCGAAGAAAACCUGUCCUCUUAAACACAGCCCCUCCCCUCCCCUACCUGCUCAGACCAAUUCAGAGAUUUUGUGAUGCCGUCAACACUGGAGCUCUGUUUGAAAGGAUUAGUCGGGAGGAAUUCAAGAGACAGAGCUUUCUGUGCCAGAAGACCGUGUCGAGUUAUUAAAAGAUGCAGGACAUCCCCUCCCCCGUACCCCGCUGCCCUUCUCAUCCCUCCUUCAGACACUAACAGAGCCACGGCUCUUAUGCUACACUCCACUGUCUCAUCCCUAACUCAGCCAUAUCUCACUCGUCAUCGUUUCUUUUCGCUGUCUUACCCAAACUUCAUUCUCCACAUUUCCCUGGAUCCAUUCUUUCCUGUGAACAUAAUAAAGGCCGCGUUUGGACGGAUGUGACACUUACCGUUAUAGGAGCGUCUUUGGUCUAGACUUGUCUCUGAGGUCCGUCAGUAUGCUACGUUAUCCCAACUGUAUUCAAUGCUAGAUCAACUGGAGCCUGCAGCUGCAGUUUUACUUCACUUUGAGCUCACUCGUUGAGGCGGCAUAAGCUAUGGGUUAAUUUCCACAGUUAUUUGGACAUGAUUCCUGAAGCUGAAGCACAGCGGAGGAUUUUGACUGCUGAUCUGAGACGACGGCAUCGUGGUUACACUUGUAUUUUUUUGUAUUGAAUCUUGUGUUUGAUGCUGUUCAGAGGGGAUUUUGAAUAAACUGGGUAAAUUUUGGGAAGUGUUAAAAACAGGCAUUAAUGUUUUUGGUGCUACUUUCCCAAAAUGAAUAUCUGUACCUCCUCUCCUCUCCCUUAAUGCCUUUUUUUUUCUUUUUUUUUUUUAGUUUCCAUCUUUUUGACUCCUUAUUUUAUUCCUUUUCAAUAUGACCUCUAUCGCUCCCUCCUUCAUUCUCUCUCUCUUUGCAAAUUAAGGUAACUUCACUGUAACUCACUUUAUCUCUGUUCAUUUUGUUUUCUGGGUUCAAAUUAUAUUAUUAUUAUUAUUAUUAUUAUUAUUAUUAUUGAUAUUGGAGACACAGUUGUGAGUUUGUGUAUAAACUUUUCAUUUUAAUGUUGCCUUUGUUUCUUUUCACUCUUGUUAGAAAAAUAAAGGUUUAGAAUUGUUUAGGAAA